UUUAAUUCAUUACCCACAACCAUUAAUAUGCAGGAGUUUAAGGUUUAGAUUCAACGAAUAAAAGAUUUAACUCCAUCGCAACGUUAUUUACAUAUCUAACGAUAGCCAGACGGAAAUGACGUAGAUGUCAGACUCGUGUUAAUCAUUCAAGGGCUCUUUAAAAGCUGAUUUAGCCAUAGAAAAAAGUUUAGUUCGAAACCCAUUGCCAUCGAUAACAGACGCUUCGCAAUGAAGUCCUUAGCAACAGAAUCCUGUAUCCCAAGGAUGAAAGCCGACGAGUUCCUACGUUUCAUGGAUGACUCAAAAUCAAAAGCGCGCAUCGAAGAAGAGUAUCAAUCAAAACUCAUGACGGAAGGAGAAGAAAUGAAAUCUACUUUGAAGCAGAGCGAAGAGGUGCAGAUAACAGGCUGUCUGUCUUACCUGCAGUUUCUCUACUAUGGUACGCAGCCCAAGAAAAAUCAAGCGAUCCCGAGAGCGAGCAUCGUUGAUGGGUAUGAUACGAAACAUAAGUUUCUUUGUACGAAAAAUCCAGCGGAAGAAGACUUCGAAACGUUCUGACAAACUGUGUGGAGUAACUACGUAGAGAUAAUCGUGAUGAUAGGCAAGCUUACUGAGAGCUACCAAUGUUGGUCCCCUACUGAGCGUCGAUCUGUAGUGAGCGGGAAGUUCAACAUUACGACUCGAAAAGUUACAGUCUAUUUCAUUUAUUACUGCAACUGUGCUAAGUCUGACUUCGCUGACACUCAAGCCAAAACAGAAGCGCUUGGUUUUUCACUAUCAGUAUACCGAUUGGCCGAAAGGUAGCUUACCUCAGCCAGGAUACUUUUUGGAUUUUUAUUUUAUCGUUGACGUCAUGUAUCUUAAGCUAAAGAACACAAUGCCUCUUAAGAAAUCUGCCCCUAUACUCGUUCAUUGCUUUGAUGGUUUAGGAGGCUCGCAAGUAUUUUGCGCAAUCGAUAUCUGCACUACGAAGUAAGAUUUAUCAAAAUA